UGUCCCCGUGUCCCGCAGCUGGCGGUGGCUCAGGGUUUCGGGGGGCCGCAGGGUCCCGAGAAGGCCGCGUGGUUCAGCUCGGCCCUGCUCGACUUCUUCAGCCACAACGCUGACCUGCAGCAGGAGGAAGUUGAAGAUUUCCUGGCCGAGGUGAUGGACAACGAGUUCGACACCGUGGUGGAGGACGGCAGCCUGCAGCAGCGACACCCAUGGGACCCCCAGCCUGGGCAGCCCCCCCACGGCCGGGGGAGGAAGAGGAGGAGGAGGAGGAGGAGGAGGAGAGCAGCGAGGAGGAAGAGGAGGAGGCCAUGGAGUGCGGGACGCCCCCUCCCCCCUCGGAGCCCUGGACCGUGGUGCGGCGGCGGCGCCGGUGAUGGGGGAGGGGUGUCCUGCGUGUCCCCUCCCCCCAGCCUGGGGACACCCCUCCCCCCACCCUGCUCCCCAAACUGGGGGGAAUAAACGCCCCUCCCCCACCCUGCUCCCCAAACUGGGGGGAAUAAACGCCCCUCCCCCCAGCU